AUGGCGAGUGUUCCGAGCUUAUGCGACAUACUGAUACCGCUAGAAAAGAGUGACCACAAAGCUCACUCAAUUCAGCUUCGAAAGGGCCCUCACGAGGGUGUCCGCUCUCCGUACACUGUACAGAGGUUUUAUAAAUUUUUGAAGAAGGCACAUUGCGAGGAAAAUCUGGAGUUUUUUGAAAAGGCCCACCAGUUUCUCCAAUUGAAACAGAGCGGUAAAGUCAACGAGAAAAAUCUCUUGGCAAUUUGGAACAAGUCAUUGUACAUUAAGUUUAUCGCCGUCGACUCUCCAAAGGAAUGUAACUUCUCGCAGGACACCAGAGAGGUGUUUGAAAAGUGCUAUGCCAACAACAAGGUGCCCGCUGACGUGGACGUGCUGAGUGCCAUUACUCACAUCAUGAGUCUACUAAUGGACGGGUACCAUCGAUUUGUGAAUUUCGUAAGCCAGGAAGAUUACUAUACGCAAUCCACUGGCGGUAGCGGCUGUGCGCCGGAACAAGAACUUAAAAAUAGCUCUAUUGUCUCUUUGUCGGCGCUAGGCGAAGAAAAGGUGCCACGAGUAAGGAAACACAAUGGAGGAAAACCUAACCGAACCGGAGCGGCGAUGGUCUUCCAGGAGACUUCUACAAACACAGCCGCUGAAUCACAGAGCAGCUGCGCUUCUCGCCCAAGCGAAUCCACGUCCUCCACCAGCACUGACAGUAACAGCACCAUUUGCCCCAAUAUCACCAAUAAACGUCUCAAAAAAACCCACAAUUCCAGUUUUUUCAACUCGGGAAAGGACCUACUGCAAAGAUUAAGCUUUGUGAAAAAACGCAAGUCUUUCAAACAAUCUUCAACUUCGUACAACAACCAUAUUAGAAACCACCUGAAAAGAGCUAAGCAGUCAUCCACAAUAACAACAUCGUCGUCGCCCUCAUCGUUUCCCCCCACAGCAACGGGACUGAACGAAAAAAGCGUUGAAAAUGGCUUUAAAAAGCUUAACCUACAGGACACUGCUUAA